GUGAGUGUCACAUGUCGUUUGACACCUCCGCUUCCCUCAGAGAGACUGACUCUCACUCAGAUCAGCAACUCAACAUCUCUGGAGGACGACAAUGGCGACCGGUGACAGCCAGGCAACCUUAGAGUCCUUGUUCAGCCAGGCCACAGACCCAAACAAUCAGGAGGACAGAUGGGACUGCAUCCAGGGCUUCUACCAGCUCGUCAACCAAGAGACUGAUGGUCCGCAGGUAGCCAUUCGUCUUCUUUCCCAUAAAAUCCAGUCGCCACAGGAGAGAGAGGCUCUGCAGGCUCUCACUGUUCUUGAGGCGUGUAUGAACAACUGUGGCAAAAGGUUCCACAGAGAGGCCGCCAAGUUUCGCUUUCUCAAUGAGCUAAUCAAAGUUUUAACACCAAAGUACUUUGGCGCGUGGACUCCACAGAAAGUUAAAGACAGAGUGACGGAGGUCCUGUACGGCUGGACUCUUUGGCUUAAAGAAGAACCCAAGAUUCAGGAAGCCUACUGCAUGCUCAAGAAACAGGGUAUUGUAAAGAAAGAUCCUAAACUUCCAGACACAUUAAUAAUGGCGCCGCCACCACAAAGAACCACAGAAUCUGUUUUUGACCAAGAGGACAAGGCCCAGCUAUUAGCCAGAUUAUUGAAAAGUGCCCGUCCUGAAGACCUGGAAACUGCCAACAGACUCAUUAAAAGCACCAUGAAAGAGGAGCAGGAGAAGGCAGAGAAAGCAUCAAAGCGGGAAUCUACUCUGAAGGAGGUGGAGAGCUGCACCAAACAGCUCAGAGAGCUACUGGACCAGCACACGAUCACCAGAACCUCGUUACAGCCGAGUGAUGACGUGAAGACCCUGUAUGAGCGCUGUGAUCGGUUGAGGCCCAGCCUGUUUCGCCUGGCCAGCGACACGAUGGACGACGACGCAGCUCUGGCUCAGGUCCUGGCGGCUAACGACGAGCUAACGCUUGUAGUUAGUGCCUACAAAAACCGAGUGGGGAAGAGGGAGUGUAACGGUGGAAGAGAGAGAAGUAAAAGUGAAGAAGAAAUGGAGUGUAAAAAUAAUGCUCCAACGAGUCCCAGAGAGAUUAAAAGCUACCACCUAAUCGACCUGUCAGCACUGGACUCUCCACCGACACACAGAAAGGCUGAUUCACCACCAUCAUUCGAAUCCUCUUCGCCCAUGUUUUCCUCUCUUCUGGAGAGUAGCUUCCACUCAGUGGCUGACCAGGACCUGAAUGAAUUAGACUUCGAUAAUCUGUUCUCAAAGAAGACUCAAGAGACUUCAAGGUCGUAUUAUGAAGAUCUACUAGAGCUUAAUGGAGAGGUUCAGAUGAAAAAUGCUGAGCAGAAUGGAGGCAGGGGGCUUCUGUUGAGAGCCCGUGGAUGUGGAGGGAACAGUACGACACCGAAUGGGACUAACAUUUGGUCACUCCCAUUUACAGAAUUACCAUCCAAGGGACCGAAACAACUCAACAAAGUGUCGGGAUCUCCGGUGAAAUUGGAGGAGAGCUCGUGUCCCUCAACCGCCCUGAAAAACGUCUUUGUUCCAAUGGAGACCAUCAAGCCCAGUCAUUUUGAGCCGAUCACUCUGUAUGAUAAAGGAGGGAUCCAUGUCUCUCUACAUUUUGCCAAAGACUCUCCGCCGGGUCAUCCAGAUGUUGCUGUGGUCGUCAUCUCCACAGUGAACACAUCUGCCUUCGAAGUGAAAGACUUUGUGUUUCAAGCUGCUGUUCCAAAGACCAUGUUAGUGAAACUUCAGCCUGCCUCAGGGACACACCUACCUCCUUACAACCCUCUUCUGCCUCCGCCCGCCAUCUCCCAGGUCCUCCUAUUGGCUAAUCCUCAGAAGCGAACGGUGCGCCUUCGCUACAAGUUGACUCUGACACACGGAGACCAACAGCCGAACGAGACCGGAGAGAUCGACAACUUUCCUGAUUGGACCGCUUUGAUUGGCCACUAAGAACUUCAGAGAUUUGGAUUUU